AUUCCAUAAUUUCUUGUCCCCUAAAUUAAAAAUUGAACAUUCCAACCGUUCAUUUAGCUUUAUCAUUCAAAUUUUCAAGACUCACUUUUCAACAAUCUUUCAUUUUUAGCUGAGGCACAAGUUUAGGACUUAGAAUUCUAGGAGAAAAAAUGCAGCUACUACUCAAUCACACGUCUCGUUUACUUUAUUGGUUUUGGUACAUAGUUCUCUACUUGGGAUUGCUAUAUUUAUUUGUGCGAUCUUUAAAGAUGUUAAGGCAUAAUACUACUGCAAAAACUCCGGCGAAAGUUCCGCAGGGCAACCGGGGAUUACCGUUCAUCGGAGAAACCAUCCAUUUCAUGGCUGCCAUUAAUAGCAACAAAGGUUUCUAUGAUUUUGUCAAAGUUCGACGACUCAAGUAUGGGAAUUGCUUCAAAACAAAUAUAUUUGGGCAGACACAUGUAUUUAUCUCAAGCACAAAGGCAGCAAAGAAAAUUCUAAGUAACGAGACCGAGAAUUUCACAAAGAGAUACAUAAAGUCAAUUGCAAAGCUUGUUGGAGAUCAAAGCCUUCUUUGUGCUUCACAUGAGCAGCACAAACUUAUUCGUAGCCAUCUUACUACUUUGUUUACAACUGCGUCUCUAUCGUCAAUGGUUAAACAAUUUGAUGAAUUGACUGUUAAUAAUCUUAGCACCUGGCACCAAAGAUCCAACGUUACUAUACUCCAUGAAGUUCUAAAGAUAACCCUUAAAGCAAUCUGCAAAAUGUUAAUGAAUUUGGAAGGAGAAGAGGAACUAGAGACAUUGCACAAGGAUGUUGGGCUGAUUUAUGAAGCAAUGCUAGCAUUUCCAUCAAUACUACCAUGGACCAGAUUCUACAAAGGCCUACAGGCCAGAAAAAGAAUUAUGAGGUUACUGGAUAAGAUAAUAGAGAAAAGAAGAAAGUCCAAAGAAAAGUUUGAUGAUUUUCUAGCUCAUCUUUUGAGCAAGGAUAGUGGAGAAGAAGCCAUACAGUUAUCAAAUCAGCAGAUUAAAGAUAAUAUACUAACCAUGAUUAUAGCAGGUCAAGACACCACGGCUAGCGCGAUUACGUGGAUGAUCAAGUAUUUGGAUGAAAAUCCUGAUGCCCUUAACCAACUUAGGGCUGAACAACAAGCCCUUCAGCAAAAGGUUUCUGGCAAAGCACACCUCACGCUAGAAGACCUGAAUUGUAUGCCAUAUGCAUCUAAGGUUAUUAAGGAAUCACUUCGAAUGGCUUCAAUUGUGCCUUGGUUUCCAAGAAUGGCACUCCAUGAUUGUGAAAUUGAAGGAUUUACGAUCAAGAAAGGUUGGACCAUUAACGUGGAUGCUAAAUCAAUACAUUUUGAUUCAAUGAUAUUCCAUGAUCCGAAUAAAUUCAUUCCUUCGAGAUUUGAUGAUGAUUCAAAACCAUAUAGUUUUUUAGCAUUUGGAAUGGGAGGAAGAACAUGCCUUGGACUGCAUUUGGCUCGAGCAAUGAUGCUUGUUUUUGUCCAUCGUUUGACCACAUCCUACAGGUGGAUGGUAAUAGAUUCAGAUGAAAGCAUUGAGAAAUGGACACUUUUCUCAAGACUAAAAAGUGGUUGUCCCAUACGUGUUACGUGUUUAGAGGAGGAGAGGAAGUUCCCUAAUGCAUCAACAACAUGAAGCCAAAUUGUUAUUAGUAUUAUUUAGAUUAGUAAUUAUGAAAUAUUUGCAGAACACUGGGGUCCACCAAGAUGUAGAUAAAAGUCAGGCAGGGAUUUACCUGAUGCAUUGAAAAUAGUUAAAAGGGUCGUCCGGUGCAUAAAGCAUUUCGCAUCCCCUAUUUACGUAAGGUAAGGUUUACAUAAGGUAAGAGGAAGAGUCGCACCCUACGGGAUAUUGAUAUAGACAACUUACAUUGAUGCAAGUAUCUAUAGCUAUCGAAACCGUGACUUAUAGAUCUCAUAAAAAUAACUUUAUCGUUACUCUAAGAUUCCCCCACCGCUGCAUAGAAGAUACUUAUGUUGUACUAUUCAUUGUUCUAACGUCACU